UACAGUUGGGUUUAAAGCAAAACAAAAAAACAGAAGUGGGAGAUAAAAAGGCUGUUGCUUCGGCCAUGUUGGAUUAACACAACAAGAUCAAGAAGCAGCAGCAGAAUUUCCUUCCUUGGCUUUUACCUCCUGCUCUAGCGCGCGUUUGCUCAACUUUCAGUGCCUUUCAUCGGUUUCAAUCUCCAAUACUAUUCAUUAGACACGUAGAGAGAGAGAAGAGAGAGAGGCAGAAGGCUAGCUUUAAAUGGUGAGAAAGGGGCUGGAAAGAGAGGGAAUGCGACUGGGGAAGUACGAACUGGGAAGGACUCUGGGAGAAGGCAAUUUCGGAAAGGUCAAAUUGGCCAAGAACAUCGAAACUGGCCAGCCUUUUGCUGUUAAGAUUCUGGAGAAGAACAAGAUUAUUGACCUCAAGAUUACUGAUCAGAUAAAGAGGGAGAUUGCUACCUUGAAGCUCCUCAAACAUCCUAACGUCGUCAGAUUACAUGAGGUGUUGGCAAGCAAAUCCAAGAUUUAUAUGGUCUUAGAAUAUGUGACUGGCGGGGAAUUGUUUGACAGAAUUGCUUCAAAGGGGAAACUUAAAGAAAAUGAAGGCAGGAAGCUCUUCCAGCAGUUAGUUGACGGAGUGAGCUACUGCCAUACUAAAGGUGUUUUUCACAGAGAUCUUAAGCUAGAAAAUGUUCUUGUUGAUGCUAGAGGGAACUUAAGGAUAUCUGAUUUUGGCCUCAGCGCCUUACCUCAACAUUUUCGGGGUGACGGCUUAUUGCAUACAACCUGUGGAAGUCCCAAUUAUGUUGCUCCCGAGAUUCUUGCAAACAGAGGUUAUGAUGGUGCCACCUCGGAUAUAUGGUCGUGUGGAGUUAUCUUGUAUGUAAUUCUCACCGGAUAUCUUCCUUUUGAUGAUAGAAAUCUCGCAGUUCUUUAUCAGAAGAUCGUCAAGGGAGAUGCUCAGAUGCCCAAAUGGCUGUCACUGGGCGCUCAAAACAUGAUAAGGAGAAUUCUUGAUCCCAAUCCCCUCACCAGGGUUACAAUGGCAGGUAUCAAAGCAGAUCAGUGGUUUCAGCAGGACUAUACUCCUGCAACUCCAGAUGAUGAUGAAGACAUAUAUAUUGACGAUGAAGCAUUCUCAAUGCAUGAAGUGCAAUCUGAAGCAGAUAAGAAUCCAGGCUCACCCACUCUAAUUAAUGCCUUCCAAUUGAUUGGAAUGUCCUCGUGCUUAGACCUCUCUGGCUUCUUUGAGAAAGAGGAUGUCUCCGAGAGGAAGAUCCGAUUUACAUCCAAUCACACGGCAAAGUAUUUGCUUGAGAAGAUUGAGGAUAUUGUAACAGAAAUGGGGUUUAGUGUUCUGAAGAAAAAUGGAUGGUUGAAAGUGAUGCAGGAGCACAAGGGGCAGAAAAGUCUAGGUAGCCUUUCAGUUGCAGCAGAGAUGUUCGAGAUAAGCCCAUCCCUGUAUGUAGUUGAGUUGAGAAAAUCGUAUGGAGAUUCUUCAGUUUAUAGAGAUCUGUGUAAAAAGCUGUCAAAUGAUUUAGGAGUUGGCCCAAGGCAAGAGCUGUUGACAUGACCACCGAAUUGUGAAGCAGUUCCUUGAUAGGUCAGACAAUAUUGGAUAUUAGCCUUGGAGAAUGGAGAUAACUCAACAUAGAAUUAAAAAAAUGGAAACUUUAUGAAAUCUUUUUUUUUUUUUUUUUUUCAAAUCUCUGUUGCAUCCUCCAACUCAAAAUGAGUAGAUAUGUUUGUAUAUUGAAUUAAAUAUUGAAGUUGUAUAGAUUGGCAUAAUAUAUCUACUCUAUUAUAAUAA